GUUUACAGUCGGGUACUUUUUCGAACCAGCCGGGUGGUACCUAUCGUGAGGCGAGCAACGUUCCGCUCGUGACCUGUCUGUCCGUCUGUCUGUCGUUCCGAAAUUGCAAUUGUGUGUGUGCAACACCGUGUGGCAGAACUAGUUAGUAGAACCAUCGAUUGGCGACAGCAUGGCAGUAUCCACCAACUACCUCUUAAUGUGCCUUUUGAGCGCCUUACCCGGUCCACCUGGAGUCAGAAUUGAAGACGCUUAUGUUCAAUUAUACCCGCUGAAUAAACACAAGUGCCAUGAGAUCGACCCUGUAAGAGAUAUUUCAUAUCAACUAUUUACAAGGCACAAUCCACUGCAACCGUCCCAAUUAAGGAUAGGAGAUGACGAGGCUCUGUUUGAAUCGCACUUCAACUUCUCAGAACCAACGGUUCUGUUUUUCCAUGCCUUUUUUGAAUCUUCUCAAGCCACUCCUGCUUCUACUAUCAGGACAGCAUAUCUGCAAAGAGGUGACCACAAUAUCUUGCUGAUGAAUGCCCAACGUCUCGAGGCAGGUCCUUGGUACUUAACUGCUGCCAGAAACACCGAAGUCGUGGGCCAAUAUACAGCGAAAUUCAUCGACUACCUCGUUUCAAGAGGUCUGUACCUACCUAGCUUACAUUUGAUCGGACUUAGUCUGGGAGCUCAGAUGGCUGGAGUAUGUGGACAGAAUGUGAAGAGUGGUAGAAUCAGGAGGAUAACUGGACUUGACCCGGCAGGACCUUUGUUCACCAAGUGGCCUAAAAGCUUGAAACUCGACUCUAGUGAUGCUGAAUUCGUGGACGUGAUCCAUACGGAUGCUGGAAUAUUCGGAUACCCACGUUCCAUUGGUCACGUGGACUUCUGGCCUAACGGAGGAAUUUCGCCUCAACCUGGCUGUACCAUCCCUGAAGUCAAACAUAGGAGUCCUGAUUCUAUUCUGGAGCCAUUCUUUUGUAGCCACUGGAGGUCGUACCAAUUCUACGCGGAGUCCGCUGUCAAUCCAAAUGCCUUCCAAGGUGCAGUGCAAUGUAAAAACUGGGAAGGCUACCAAAAAGGAGUUUGUACAGUACAAACAAUGCCCAGUACGCGGAUGGGCUUCUAUGUUGCCAAAGAGGCCAGAGGAAACCACUUUCUGACGACAAACCGUGAAUCCCCAUUCUCAAUGACCUGAAGCUCUCGGUCGGUUCUUGUUACAUGAAUAGAAGAAAUUUUGUUGUUAUUUUUUAAUAUUUAUUGUCAACUGUUAUAGUCGAUUAAGGCUGUAUUUAUUAUUCCGUGAUGUACUAUGUUACCAUCAGUGUUUGUGUUCUAUCUUGCCAUACUCAUAGAAGGAGAAUACAUGCACUUCAUAUUUGACCCACAAUGGAACGGAAUAUUCACAAAAGAUGCUGGAUUAAUUUUGAAUACUAUACAAUUUCAUAUUAUAAUGAAGCCUCUGAAUGGGCAAUAUGUUUACUGCCCUAUUUAGCUUUAAUAGCAGCAACCUACUAACAUAUUUUUAGUAUGGCCCGGCUACUGGUCCUUUCCCGGUUUUUGGCGUAAAACUGCAAAUAUUUGCUUGUGAAAACUCAAGGACAACACUAGUUUUGUCUCACCGCCAUGAAAAUGUUCUCUUAUGGGUAUGUGAUUUGGGUUUACCCGUUUGAUUUUCGAUACAUAACAUAGUAGUGCCUGAAGAAACAACUACAAUGUCAACAGUCUAUAUUAAAAGUAUUUACAGAAAGUUAGUGAAAACAACUGUCCUCUAUCAUCCAACUAAUGUGUUUAGAUGUGCAAGAGCGAGUAUCAGCUUCGUUACGGAUCAGCUUGCGCAGCUUGCAAUUUCCCUUAUGGAAAUUAAGAUACGCACAUAGUACCAAUAGUCAAUUUGUUCACCUAUUUUAUAUGGCAUUAGUGACUUAACUGCCAAAAACCAUGCAUUACUACACAUAUUUGACAUUUCUGAACUAUUUUCAUUUAUUUCUGUCAGAUUGCCGAAAUAUCAGAAUCUAACUUAAUGUAAUGUAAUAUAAGCUGUCGUGAGCCGUAUACAUUUUGAAACCCAUCUCUGAUGAAAAAUUCUGGGAAGUGUAUAUGUCUACACCUUGCAAGCAAUAUGGCCACGAUGUAGCUGGCAUAUUAGAGGUAUAUAUGGUCAUAUGGUGCAAUAUACAGGUAUUCAUGAAGCUAUAAUAUGUUAUAGUUAUAGCUAGAUCAAAGAGUAGUUAUAUCAAGAAAAGAUACGUCGUGGAAUGCCUUGUAGUAGGGAAGCUGAUCGCAAUUUUUUUGUUACAUCAUCGCAUAGUGGUAUGAUACAAUAAAAAACUAGUCACAUCUUACAUAUUUUGAUGCUAAACAGCAAACUCGGGAAGCUUGCUGCUUUGACUAGCUUUUAACAUUUCAUAUCAGUACGCGAUGUAAUCAAAACUCUGCGAUCAGCGAUCUGUGUGCGGACCGUUCUUGUCUUGUCGAUUCUCUCAUAAAUGACUUUUUGUAGUUAAAAAUCCAUACUGAAUAAAUAAACAUAUCGUCUUAAGGUAUAAACUUUCGAAUUUCAAACCGAUGGAUUUCUUUGAUUACUAAACUAAGUCGUGUAGUAUACCGCUUAGUGUCCUAAAAGUCAAAUAGCUAUUUGACAACUUACAGGUUUUCAGAAUAGCUUGCUUCUCGAAAAGCGUGCUUUAUAACUUUAUCAAAUAAAAAAUAUAUUUCGCAGGUUGGACAUGGAUGAUAAAUAUCCCCACCAUGAGUAAAUAUCCAAACAAAAGUAUAAAUGUGUACAAAAAUGCAUUCAGUACAAGUGAUAGUCAAAGAAUUCAUCCAAUAAGGAUUAUACAUCUGGCAACACCGCAUUUAUUUCUCAAUAAAUGAGAAUAGAGAAUAGCCGUGUUUAGACGCCAUCAGCUGUUUUUGGUCGCCAGGUUCUUGAAGUCAUCUCUUAUCUGAUUCUCUAAUUUUAUUCUCUUUGUCCAACUGUUUUCUCUUUAUAUAAAUACGCUUUGUCCAAAUAUUUUAAAAAAAUAUUGCCUGUUCAGAGGCUCCAUAAUAAGGCGUUUCUCAAAUCUAUAGAGAAGGUCCAACGGAUUGUAUAUUAUGAUUUCUUAAAAGUCACUUAAUUUUGGGAAUAUAUGUACCAUAAACAUUUUAUCAAAAAAACUAAAUUUAAUGCCUUUUAGAAACAUUCAUACUGCUGAAAUUAAGACUUUCUUGCUCCACUGGGCUUACAAUCUAAGUUUGUACUAAAUCAGAGAUGUCAAACAUAAGAAAUUAGAUAGAUGCUUGAGAAUAUUGGUUUUUGCAUGAUAGCUGCAGGUGAUCAUUUUGAACUUUUUUGUAGAAUAACAAAGGUACCUUGCAACUAUUCCAAGUCUACCAUCAAAAUAAAGCGGAUUUUUGAUAUGAAUCAGAUGAUAAUGAAGGAGAGUUUUUAGUGCUCUUGGUCUGCUUCUCAAUUAUGAUCGUUAUUUAGAUCUCGCAGUUCCAAGAAAAUAUCCGUAUUCUAAAUAAGAAGCACCGUUAGAUACGGAGAAUAGGAGAGAGCUUAUUUCUUCAUUUAUUUCAUGAUACAGCGCCAUUGCUGGUAUUCGUAAAGCUGGGAAAGUUAAUUUCAUGUUAUCAAAGCGUAUUGAUUAAAAUAUAAUAUAAAUCUGAAUUUUAAAUAACAAAAAUAGGUGUCAGAAAUAGUCAUGUUCUAAAUGAAUUAAAUUAAAUUAAGUGUCUUUUUAUUUGAGUUCUGCUGCUUUUGUGGAUUUUUUCGUUCUAAGGCUAUGAUUCUAGACGUAUCCAUUUCUUAACCGGCUUGGAGCAAUCUUAACACAUUUAUUACCAGAACGUUUCCAUCAAAAAUUUUUACAGGAGCUUGAAAUGUUGUGGUUAGCUUCACAUCAAAAUAAAAAAAAGUAACAUGCUAUGAUUGUCAGUAGUCAGUACGGCCUUUCUCCGUCAUUCAUUAUUUGCUACCGCUGUCAAAAAUAACGUAACGGGCGGUUAACGAUUAGUUACUUUUGUUGUGGUAAAAACCCUCUAAUUAAUAAUGAGGUCUUUGUUGGGCGCAGUUUAGCUUGCACUAUUCUACCUUAAAUAAAAGGACAGCUUGAGGAGUAGGUAUCUCGGUACAUCUUAGCUAUAUUUUGAUAAUCAUCUGGAAACUGCAUCAUCUGCAGCAUAUUUUUCAAAUGUAUACUUUUAAUGCUCCAAAGACUACCAGAAGUGAUAAUGCUUUUCCAAGUGAUCUUCACACUGUCAAUAAUUAAUUGAUCAUCAUAAUUGCAUCACUAUUCAUUGAUAAGUUCUAAUGGAAUGAAUUCAUCUAGUAAAUAAGUAUUAUUGCAAGAUUUAACUUUCAAAAGCUAAGAAAUCACGUUGAACAUUUAUUUGAAAUAGAAAGAAAAAUUACAGUUUUGCCUAAACUGUAUAGACAGUAGAGUUUUUCAAAAAACUCUUGCGACGGGAGCUUUCAAAGCUUUUUCUGAUGUGUAGGUCAGAGAGCUUGUCUAUUUUUUUAAAAGUUUGUAUUAUUUCUAGUCUUGCCAAUGCAUGCAAUAAAUAAAAUUAUUUCAAAUUUGAAAUGAUUUGAUUUUUAAAUGUUUUUAUGAAGAUGCACUUUUCUGUAAUGUGUUUAUACAUUGUGUAAGUUCUUGUAAAUAGCCCAUAUAUUUUGUUGAAAUAAACUACAAUGACUA